UAAUUCAAUAUAUGCCAAUUUUACACUAUAAAUACAUCCACAAAAUCUCCCCAUUUCUUCACACAACUCUCCCUCCAAAACACUCUCAUCAAAAACUCAAAAAAUGGCGAUCCCAAAAGCGCUUCUGAAAAACGCUCUCAUCGUUUUCCUCUUCACAUUGACCAUCAUGGCAGAAACAGCGUUUUCGCAAAACUGCGGUAAAACCGGGUGCAAAGGCAACAUGUGCUGCAGCAGGUGGGGAUAUUGUGGUACCACAAACGCCUACUGUGGCACAGGAUGCCAGAGCGGACCUUGCAAAUCCAAACCUAAGCCUCCCACUCCCAGCGGUAGCGGCGGUCUAAACGAUGGUCCUCGUGGUACCAUAGCGAGCGUUGUCACACCAGCGUUCUUCAAUAGCAUCAUGAGUAAAGUUGGAAGUGGCUGCCCAGCGAAAGGGUUCUACACUCGCCAAGCUUUCAUUGCAGCCGCUCAAUCGUUCACGGCCUACAAAGGAACCGUCGCUAAGCGUGAGAUUGCUGCCAUGUUGGCUCAAUUUUCUCACGAAUCUGGAAGUUUUUGCUACAAAGAAGAAAUAGCUAGAGGAAGGUACUGCUCACCGAGCAAUACGUACCCUUGUCAACCGGGCAAGAACUACUACGGUCGUGGUCCGAUCCAAAUCACAUGGAACUACAAUUACGGCGCAGCAGGAAAGUUCCUUGGACUUCCUCUCUUGAAGGAUCCAGAUAUGGUGGCUCGUAGCCCAACCGUGGCUUUCAAGUGUGCUAUGUGGUUCUGGAACAAGAAUGUACGUCCGGUUUUGAGCAGAGGGUUUGGAGCCACCACGAGGAGGAUUAACGGUGGUGAGUGUGACGGUGGGCGUCCAGCCGCGGUGCAGAGCAGGGUUAACCAUUACUUGGAUUUCUGCAAGAAGCUUGGGGUCACUCCUGGAACCAACCUCAAAUCAAUCUUGGCCGAGACUGCGUCCUCACAAAAUUGCCAGGAUACUAGUUGCCCUGGCCUUAAGGAGUGCUGCAGCAGAUGGGGAUAUUGUGGCACCAAAGACGAUUACUGUGGAUUUUUUUGUUUCAGUGGUCCUUGCAAUAUCAAAGGCAAAUCCUACGGAUAUGACUACAACGUGGAUGCCGGUCCACGUGGUAAAAUAGAGAGUGUCAUCACACCAACGUUGUUUGAGAGAAUCAUGAGCAAAGUCGAAAGCAACUGCUCGGCAAAAGGAUUCUACACUUACAAGGCUUUCAUUACCGCUUUCAGAUCGUUUGGAGCUUACAAAGGAAAAGUGUCUAAACGCGAGAUCGCCGCAAUAUUGGCUCAUUUCUCAUAUGGAUCUAAAAACUUUUGCUACAAAGAAGAAAUAUCGUCCAAAAUGUACUGUUCAAAGAGCAAGAAGUACCCUUGUGAACCGGGCAAAAACUACUAUGGUCGCGGUUUGCUCCAAUCAAUCACGUGGAAUGAGUAUUAUGGUGCGGGUGGCAAACAACUCGGGCUACCUCUAUUGAAGGAUCCAGAUCUGGUUGCACGUAACUCGGAAGUGGCUUUCAAAUUCGCCAUGUGGUUUUGGAAUAGGAACGUGCGUCCGGCGUUGUACUUAGGAUUUGGAGAAAUCACAAAGAGGGUCGAUGGCCGAGAAUGCAGUAACUGGCGUCGUGACGGAACAAAUAACAAGGUCAAGCAAUACACAGAGUUCUGUGAGAUGCUUGGGGUCACUCCUGAUCAAGGUCUAGAUUGUUAAAGUCAUGAAUGUGAUAGCACUACCGUUCAAACAUAUGUAUACGUGUAUUAGGAUAUGAUUGAAUUAGGAUAUAUAUACUGCAUUUGUAAAGAAUUCGAACUUAUCUAAUUCAAGGAAUCUAUAGAAAUGAAUCUCGAACAUCGAAGGAAGCAUAACAUGGUAAAAUCUAUAGAUUCAUAUGAUUAUUUUUCUGUAAAAUGUCAUCAUUUAAUUUCUUACAUGGAUUGUAAAUAUAUGUUGAUCUUCGUGA